UGGUGAACCAAAGGGAGAUGGUGCAUACAUAACAGCUGGGGAAACAAUUGAGGGGUCAGUAAGAAAUGUGACAUGUGGUCAGAAUACGAUUGACGACAACAAUGCUACUUUUGAAAUUAAGUGCAUGGCUGACGGUUCUUGGAAACCAGACAUCAUCUGCCUUAAAAAUGUGAUAUUUAGGGUUGUAACUGGGAACGGAUUAAGUACUAGUUCUGCAUGGAAAAAUGGAACCGGAACAACAGCUGACGUCCACUGCCGUGUUAUUUCAACAAACACAAGCUGCAAUGGUCACUAUAGAGACCCAAUAAUUGACAAAUGGGACACGCUUAAUGUUCAAACUGUACGAUAUUCAAUUUACAAAAACUUUGAAGAAGUUGCUUGGAUAGAUUUUGAUGGUAUAGGCAGUAGCAACACAAAGUGGUUUGAAAAAAGCCGAAUAAUAAAUUCAAGUUAUCAAGAUAUUUCUUCUUCCUCCACGUUUAAUUACCUGCAAAUAGAAGCAAAUAUAAAUGCAGAAAAACGACGUUUCUACGCAAGUGUAUCUUUUGGUGGAUGUAAAGGUGAUAUUUUAUACUUUGUCACUGUUGAUUCUGAAGGGAGUUGCUGGUACGACCAAAUAAUACCUUUUCCGAGUAUUUCUUAUUCAAAAACGCAAACAAUGGCGAAUACUAGCGAAAAAGAAAACUUUGAUUUUGGGGACACGGCUGUUGUGAGUUUAAAGUGACGUGUUUAUCUAAAAGCACAUAGGACAGGACUGUGGAAGAAAUACCUUAAAAUAAUAGGGGCAAAAUAUAGAAAAUAAGAAUCACAAAAGAAAAUCCAAAAUUGAAAAUGUAACAAGCUCGGUUUGAUUGAACCUAUUUAUGGACGACACCGUCUAGUGCAUACUACCGUUCAGCACGACUUAAGCAGAAUUGAACAUUUAACAUUGAAAAUUGCGAAAUUUUGAAUUUCAAAAUAUCUGCAUAUGUGUACAUACGGCGGUUAUCAUGGAACGCCGAUAAGCAUGCAAGCCAUCGUCAAAACCAGGCCUGUAACAUUUUUAAUUAAUCCACAUAGGACAACUUUAAAUUUUGAUUUUCCCAUUUCAACAUCAGCGGUUUAUUUUUGCUACAAAAAGAUUUCAAUGGAAGGCACAAGAGUGACAUAAACAUUAUUUUUAGUAAUGUUUGACAAUAUGACAGCAAAGAAAACGAUCUAGCUGUUUUGUAAAAUAUUUGCCGCUUAAAAACAUGUUUCAUGUAAAACCGUUUUGUACAUGUGUUGUAUACAAGCAUGCAAACAAUAGAACAUUCAUUCAAAACAACCUCCUGGAAUGAGCUGCUACAUUGUAAGUGGUUUUUAAUUGACCCAAUAAUUUUAAUGCAUACCACAUGCUUAGUGUUCAACACCUUUACAGUUGGAAUCUACGCAUUCCUAUUUUUGAUUGCAAAUGACAGAUUAAGCGGAAGACCCUAUGAUAGACAGUUCUUAACACUUUUUGGACUGAACUGUUUUAAUUUUUGUCUUCUGUCCGUCUUCGCCGGGUCCCUGUAGGUGAUUUUCUUGUUGCUCAGUCUUCUUUUAAGGCAUUGAGUACAUUUUAAUGGUCAUUCGACUGUAUCUUUUUGUACAUAUUUACAUUUAUGUGUUUUAUUCAUUUCGUCUAAUGUAUCCAUGAUGAUUUUUAGAUUUCCACUUGGCGGGGAUUCAUUUGAGUUACACUGUCUCGUCAUAUAGGAACUUAUCGGGCUAAGAGUGAGGUUUGGUGCGUCUAUGACCGGUUUAAACGCCGCAGUGGUAUUACUAAUGACCGUUCCAAGGCGCUACCCCUCUGUGUUCCUACACAUAUAUGUCUUGUGCAUUAAAAUUUUGUUAAAUGUUUUGAAUGUUUGCAUGUUUAUUAAUGUUAAAUUGUCGUUAACGGAAAGUAUUUUCUUCCAUUCCCCCCUAAUUUCCCCUUACACCAUUGUCCCUUUAAUUUCAGUAUUGGCAUAAUUUAGUACUCAUCAUACUUAUAACAUAUCCUUCCGCUCCUUUCAACGCCACUUUGUCUACCAAUUUUUAAGUCGGUGCCUUCUGGGUGUCCUUGUGUGACUGGAUUGUGUCGGGGGCUGCGUUCUGUGAACGUUGCCUUGCCUUGGUGAUCUUUAUAUCAUAUAUCACUCGUAUGUUUUCGUUACAGUUUGCUUAUACAUAUCACAUACUUUUGUCGGUAACGCUCUCAAACACUGGUUAUGUCAUGUUCUUGAAUAAAACAAAGAUAUUUAUUGCUUAUGCUUUUGCAUGUAUCUCAUACUUACAUUGCUCAAUUCUCUUAUGUGUUUGUCAGAUUUUUAUUGCUAAAUGAUCCUCAAUAAAUCUAAGACUUUAGUUUCUAUAAGUCGUACUGUUGCCAACUGCUCUUGAAUAAUGUCAGACUUUCGUUGCUAAAAAUCUUGAAUAGUAAUCAGGUUACUUUGCUAAAUGUUAUAAGUGUUGAUUUAUCACUGGAAAGUCUUUUUUUAAAGAUAAGUAUGAUAUUGUGCAUAUUGACGUUAUUAAAUGCUUAAAUUAAAGAACACAAACUAUACUGCAUAUUCACAAUUUUAUUCUUCAAGUAUAAAGCAUGUUGCAUUAUUUUUUCGAAUUUUAUAUACAAUUUACAAUGAACAAUUACCAAAAUUUUGGAAUCAUUUUAAAUUCUCAUUUUUCAUAUGGAAUAUAUAUAUUUGUGCUAUAUUCAAAAUUUUAAACUAGAGCUAUACACAGCGUUGACUAAUAAGCUUUUUCUUCACAAAAAAGAUGUAAAACGUGUCUAAAAUGCUUUUUAAAAUAAGAUAAAUUUUUGUAUAGCCAAUCUAAGGAACUUUAAAUGGGAAAUUCUUACAAUGUCAUUUGCAAUAUUGAACAUUAUGUAAAAUCGUAGGAAAUGUCAUCAAAACAAAUUCCAAAUUUCAGUAAGCUAUUUCAUAUAAUUCAAAUAAACGGAAAGAUGUUAUAUAAACCUGUUAACCUUAUCCCCGGAUUCCUAAAUCGCAAGAGAACUUUAUAUGCUAAAUAUAAUAAGUAACUUGUAAGAAAACUUCCUGGAUAAAAAUAGAUUUUAUAUUCCAAUAAGAACUUACAUUCAUAUAUUCAGAGUACAACGUAAAAUAAAUCGGAAACAAACUGGUUGAAAAACACUUGUUUUCGUAGACACGACUGUCAUAUAAUCUGUUUACUUUCCUCAAGCUAGCUGGCUAUGCGCGCACUUGCAUGGCAGGAUUUAAAGUCUUAAGCGGGAUUCAAACCCACAUAUGCGAGAAGAAAGGAAGUAUUCAAAGCUACCAGCCUUUACCACUGUUCUAUGAAGGACCUUUCAGAAAAUAAAAAGUGUAUACAGGAUAUUAACCUGAGUUUACAUUAAGGUAUCCUACAUAUAAUUAAUAUUGUAUACUGAUGUGAGACAAAUGACAGGUUCAUCAAGUGAGCAAACUUGAACAAACAUCAAAUUGUUCUAUCUUAUCGGUCAAACGAUUUCAUGUGAUAAAUGAUGUCUGAAAAGAAAUACAACUGCUACAUUUCUUUCUUAAAUACACUUUUCUGUCUUAAAUCAGUAAUAGCAUUUUCA